UUUGGAAUAAUGUACAGAUUUUGCUCUUAUGGAAAGAAAUUGGUACUUUUAUUCACCAAAGUGGCAUUCAGCUGAUCACAAUGUAUAGUCAGGACAUUAAUAAUGUGAAAAAUUACUAUUACAAUUUGAAAAAAAAUAAAAAUACUUCAGUUGAGUUUAACUAACUUAAACUACUUCAAAGAAUUCUCAUCAAAAAAAUCCUCCACGUGCAGCAAUUACAGCUUUGCAGAUCCUUGGCAUUCUAGCUGUCAGUUUGUCCAGAUACUCAGGUGACAUUUCACCUCACGCUUCCUGUAGCAGUUGUCAUAGAUGUGACUGUCUUGUCGGGCACUUCUCACACACCUUACAGUCUAGCUGAUCCCACAAAAGCUCAGUGGGGUUAAGAUCCAUAACACUUUUUUCCAAUUAUCUGUUGUCCAAUGUCUGUGUUUCUUUGCCCACUCUAACAUUUUCUUUUUGUUUUUCUGUUUCAAAUGUGGCUUUUUCUUUGCAAUUCUUCCCAUAAGGCCUGCACCCCUGAGUCUUCUCUUUACUGUUUUACAUGAAACUGGUGUUGAGCGGGAAGUAUUCAAUGAAGCUCUCAGCUGAGGACAUGAACAACUUCUUCCUUUACAUGCACCUGUUACUUGAAGUUGCUGUGUAUGCAGAGUUUUCCCAUGAGGUCUUUGGCUUCUGUUUGGACAUGGGCACAAGUUUCUUCAGCUUGUGCAUUCCUUACAUCCUCCUAGCAUUCAAGUCCUAUCUGUUCUACCUGUGUUGUAGAAGAGACCCAGGCACACUGACAAAGGAAAACCAUACUGCACAACUGAAGGUGUAUCAGUAUGACGAAAAUCUGUUCCAGCAGGGAAUCAGGUGUUCAACCUGUCAGCUAGUGAAACCUGCCCGGUCCAAACACUGUAGGGUUUGCAAUCGAUGUGUCCAGAGAUUUGACCACCACUGUGUGUGGGUGAAUAACUGCAUUGGUGCUCAGAACACUAGGUACUUUCUGCUGUACCUCCUAAGUGUAUGUGCCAUGGCAGGUGAUAUUGCAGUUCUAACAGCAGACAUGUUGGUCCAAACUGUUCUGCGAACUGGACUUCUGCAUGCUCACUACAUUGAUGAGCAGGGUGAGCAACAGCCUGUUGGACCGCUCUUCAUCAUCCAGCAUCUCUUUCUGACAUUCCCAAGGAUUGUCUUCAUGCUGGGGUUCCUGGUAUUUGUCUUUUUCCUUUUGGCGGGUUAUUCCAUGUUUCACAUGUAUCUGGCUUUGGUGAAUCAAACCUCCAAUGAGUGGUUUAAAGGAAAAGGCCACAGCUGCCAGCAUUGCCAUCCUCACUCUGGACACAACUGCCAGACCUCAUACAAUCCAUUCAGAGGUUUCUAUAACAGGGGAAUCCUCAAAAAUCUGGGGGAAAUCUUUUGGCCCUUAUGUGCUGUUAAGAAAAAAGACAAUUAGACAAAGUGUGUUCUUUAAACUGUGGAUUUAUUUAAUUUCAUUCUUUUAUUUUGGUAAAUGGGAUUUUUUUUUUUUUUUUUUUUUUUUUUAUUGCAUAUUUUCACAGCCUUACAAUGAGUUUGUACAGUAUCUGUACAUUUUCUCUUUUUUCCCUGUCUUUGUGUACUUUAAGGGAUGGUUCACCCUAAAAUGAAAAUCAUCAUCAUUUUAGGGUUUUUAGGGUCAUGUAAAACCUUGAAAUAUCAGGACAUUUUAAAUGGGGAGUUCCAGUCUUGGAAAGGUUGGAAAUUGGUUUAUGGAAAUAAGUAAAAUGUUAAAAAGUCAUAGACAUUUCUACAGUGCAUAUAAAUUUUUAAUGUUAUGCUGUGUUCUAAAACAUUUUAUUGGUUAUAGUUUGCUCUCUGUUAGUACAAUAUUUCUAUAAAAAAAAUUCUUAAUUCUAUAAUGACUGGAAAAAUCAUGAAAAUUAUUUGGUCAAAAAGUGUGGGACCCCUGUAAUUUACUCAGCCUUGUGCUUUUCCAAACCUGUAUGACUGACUUUAUGUGGAACACAAAAGGAGAUGUUAAGCAGAAUGUGAUGGACUGACUGUUUCAGUCCCCAAUUGUUGCUGAUUUAUCCAAACAGUAAAAGUGAAUAGAGAAUCUCAUUGUG